UGUGCUCAUUUGGGUAGUUAUUUUAAAAAUGGCGCCAGUUGGAUUGCCUCCGGGUUUCCGGUUUCAUCCGACUGAUGAAGAGCUUGUGAAUUAUUAUCUUAAAAGGAAGAUAAAUGGUCAAGAGAUUGAGCUAGACAUCAUUCCUGAAGUUGAUCUGUAUAAAUGUGAGCCAUGGGAGUUAGCAGAGAAGUCAUUUUUACCAAGUCGAGAUCCAGAAUGGUACUUCUUCGGCCCACGAGACCGAAAAUAUCCAAACGGGUUCAGAACAAACAGAGCGACAAGGGCUGGAUACUGGAAAUCGACGGGUAAAGAUCGCAAGGUUACAAGCAGCCUGCAGCAGGGUGGCAUUGGAAUGAAGAAGACAUUGGUAUACUAUCGUGGGCGUGCUCCUCAAGGAAUUAGAACAGAUUGGGUGAUGCACGAAUAUCGUCUUGAUGAUAAAGCUGGCUCAUUUGGUAUCCAGGACUCUUAUGCAUUGUGUCGCGUUUUCAAGAAAAAUGGCAUGUGUGUUGAGCUAGAAGAUAAUGGAAAUACGAGCAUGUUAGUAUCACAGUAUUCUCCAACAGUUACAAAUGACUAUGAAACGAUGUCACCGGAUGUUCACGUGGCAUCAUCAUCUUGUGUUGAAGAAGACGAAUCAUGGAUGCAGUUCAUCACAGAUGAUGCAUGGUGUUCUCCAAAUAGUCCUCAAGCCACAUUAACAAACUAAAGAAUAAUUCAAACAUUUUAUUACCAAUAAAAUAUAAGGGAAAAGAGAUUUGUUUGACUCAUAUACUAUUGAGAACAGUAAGUUUUGAUCAUUGAUUUAUAAACCAGUUUAUUGUAAACUCAAACACUAUGUUCUAUAUAAUAUUAAUGAUU